AUGAAGGUUAAAGGUGUGUUGGCGCAGGAAAAUCUUCCAGAUGACCAGUUCGCCCGUGGCUCCUCGUACAUCGCUGCGUCCUACGUCAAAUACCUGGAGGGAGCCGGGGCUAGGGUUGUACCCAUACGAAUAAAUCGCACGGAACAAGAAUACACUAACAUCUUCUACUCAAUAAAUGGGUUGUUGCUGCCGGGCGGAGAUGUAGAUAUUCAAACAUCGCAGUUCAGCCGGGCAGCCAAGAUCUUCUACAACUUGUCACUGAAGGCCAAUGAUGCCGGGGACUACUUCCCCAUCUGGGGGACGUGUCAGGGCUUCCAGCAGCUGUCCGUCCUCACAGCCAACAAAAACCUGCUAACCCUCACGGACACCAAGGCCGUGGCUCUACCUCUCACUCUCACACCAG